AUGCAGGGUAUCCAGGUGGCCCAGUAUGUCAAAGGCCCCAAAGAGCUCAAAGUCACCAAGCUCGCGGAUCCAAAGCCGGGCCCCAAUGACUACCUCAUUGAAGUCCACGCAGCUGCCACCAACUUCUUCGACAUCCUACAGGUCCAAGGGAAAUACCAACACCAACCCCCUUUCCCGUGGGUAUCUGGUGCCGAGUUCUCUGGUGUGGUUUUGGCCACGCCCUCAAACUCGAAAUCCCCCAAAUUCUCAGUGGGCUCUCGUGUCUUCGGCGGCAGUCAAGGUGCCUACGCAACCAAAGUCUGCGCAACAGAGCCCCAACUCCUGCCAGUACCGGAGGGCUGGAGCUUUACAGAUGCAGCGGGAUUAUUUGUAACAGCACCUACCAGUUAUGGCGCCUUGGUUCUACGUGCCGGCGUGAAAACCGGCGACUAUGUCCUGGUCCAUGCAGCAGCCGGGGGAGUGGGUCUCGCGGCAGUUCAGAUCGCAAAGGCGUUCGGGGCUACAGUCAUCGCGACGGCAGGCACAUCGCGAAAGCUGGAGGUAGCCAAGGCCUUUGGCGCUGACCACGUUGUCGAUUACCAAGAUGAAAAGUGGCCCGACCUGGUCAAGAAACUUACCCCCAAGGGCCGCGGCGUGGAUAUUGUCUACGAUCCUGUGGGCAUGGUUGACAAAAGCACCAAGUGCAUCGCCUGGAAUGGCCGCAUUUUGGUGGUGGGAUUUGCGGCGGGCAAAAUCGAGAAAGUCGCCAUGAACAAAGUCCUCUUGAAGAAUAUCAGCUUGGUUGGUAUCCACUGGGGUCAAUAUGCGGUACAUGAGAAGGAAAGUGUGCCGGUUGUCUGGAAGGGCAUCAAAAACCUGAUCGAGCAAGGCAAAUUCAAGAGCACUGUUUUUACGGAUAAGAAUUUCAUUGGCCUUGAGGCCAUUCCUGAUGCUUUGCUGGCUCUGGGAGGUCGGGAAACAUGGGGUAAAGUGGUUGUCAAGAUACCUCAAGGGGGUGCAAGUAAGCUAUGA